AACACAAGAACUUGUGAUGCUAUUUAAAGCACAGCGAAAAGCAAGUAUAUGUUCACACCCUUUGAGUGCUAGCCCCAUAUAAAUCGUUGCGUGUGGUUUAUUUGUUGGCAACAGAUAAAAGAGAAGAAAACAUAGAAAGGGUAUUUGGGAAACAAGAUUUAUUGGAGAUGGAACAGGUCAAGUACACGAUUGUCCAAGUUGAUAAUAAAGGACUAGUUGAUGAGUUUGAUCUUGUUGGUUCUUCUUCUUCUGACUCUGGAAUUUCAAGUGGUUCAUCAUUGGAUUCUGAUUCAUUUGAAGAAGUAACAUCCCCUGCUUCUUCUUCAUCAUCAUCAUCAUCAGCAGCUGAUCAGCUUGCAACUGAAUCGUUGAAUGACAUGUCUUGUUUGUUUCAACAACUUCCCAUUAAGAGGGGGCUUUCCAAGUAUUACCAGGGGAAGGCACAAUCUUUCACAUCCUUAGCAAAAGUGAGAAGCUUGGAGGAUCUUGUAAAGCCAGAGAAUCCGUACAACAAGAAGUUGAAGUUUUGUAGAAGCUAUGGAGGGGGAAUGGGUGUUAUCUCUAGGCAUGGUUCUCAAUCUCAUAAGGGAUUGCAUUCAUCUGGUUCAAGGGAUUCAUGUUCUUCCCUUAAUGCUAAAGGGGACAAUGAUAAUAACUUCAUGAGUAGUAGGCCCCCAAUUCCACCUCAUAGAUCUACCAGUUCCACCACCAUUCCUAAUCAAACUGCUUUGUUUGUUUGAAAGGGAUAAAAAAGUAGAGAUCAAGGUUUUGUUUUCUAGGUAAAUUAAAGUUGAGAGUUGUUAUUUGAUUUGGCAUUAGAAAAUUUCAGUCUGAGUCUUGUAUAACCUAUGUAUAGACGUAUAUAAUGUUGAUUUCAUUAGUUUCAUUUUCGUGGGAAAAUUUAGAUGGAAAAAAGAAAAGAAAAACGAGAUUAGAGAACGAGGAAUACAUCCAAUCUCUCAGCUUUUUUUUAUCUUUCUAAAUAUAUAUAUGCAAUUUGAUCCAAGUGCUUUCUACU